CGCAGCGCGCUCUUGUUUCCCCUCGUCCUUUCCCGGAGAGGCCUCGAGCGCUGCCCGCGUUCUCACGGACAGAACCGGCGCUGCUCCUCGGGGCGGGAGCCUGGCUGACGGGCUCUCGGUUCUCCCCUCCUCCCCCUGCCCGUCGCGUCUCCCCGCCGCCCCGGAGGGCUGCUCCGCUCCGCUGCCCUCCCCGCCCGGCGAGGACCCGACUCGUGUCCGCGGAGCGGGGCUCUUUGUUGGCGGCCGGCUGGCUGCUUCCCAUUAAUCUCCCGCUCUGGCCGUGGCCGUCCCCACUUCCUGCCUUGGCAUACUUCUCUCUCCCUCGAUCUCAAUCCCUUCCCUCCUCCUUCCCUUCCUCCCUGCCCCCUCCCCUUCUUUCCCUCUUCUCGGCUUCUCCAAAAGAGCUACGACCGCCCGUGCUGCGGGACGGGGGCUGCGGGCGUCGGGAGCUCUCCCCUGCGCGCCUCGAAACAUGAAAGGAUGCAGGAAGUCCUGAGUGACCGCAAUGAAUACCUGCGCUAAUUAAGUCACUGGCUGGGUACUGGGAGAGAGCAAGAUAUCCAGAUUUCUAGAAAGCAGAAAUGACCAUGACUGCCAACAAGAAUGCCACUGUCAACAGCAGAGCUGGAGGGAGUAAAGUGCCUCAGGACACUCUGGAUAGGACAUUCAUCCAGAUGGAGCGCAGUCUGCCUGUACUCGCAAAUGAGUGAUUUCCUGACUAGUGGACAAGAGCUGUGUUCAGAGCCAGGCUCAGUGCUGUGGGUGAACAGGUGUCAGUCAGUCUCUCCACCGCCUCUUUUGUCCCCACCAAGAAGCCCAGCCUACCCCCUCAGUGACAGCGAGGACUCUUGCCACUCCACGCGUCUCACCAAAGCCUCUGGCUCCCGGCUGCGUCUCAAGGACUGGAGCAGUCGUGCAUCCGCGCUGCACAGCACCUCCACGAGCCCAUCGGACACUGACUCUCCCAGCCACCCUCUCAAAGCUGUCAGCGUGGGAGCUUUGGAUAAAAGGCUGUCUGUGUUCAAGGCGGAGGACCAAAAGGAGACCCCAAAGGAGGCUCAGGAUGGGGAUGCAAUAGGGAGCCAUCCUCUGGCCCGGAGCACUCUGUCCCUAGGCACUGCUGUGAACCUGAGGAACCUCUCCCUCAGCCGGACGAGCGUCCGCUCCCAGGUGCUGGACAUCAGGCAGAAGAUCACAGAAUGGGAGUGUCGUCGGGAGCCGUCUCCCAGGAUGAACACGUGUGUGGACAAGAGGGAUGCUGGGGAGAGGUCGGGCAGUGAGAGCUGCCCUAGCGUGCUGACCUCUCCUUGCAGCGACAAGACCUUUGAUUUCAAAGGGUUCAGAAGAAUGAGCCGAACAUUUUCUGAGUGCUCCUACCCAGAAACAGAGGAGGAGGAACUGCUGGACAGGGAUUCCUGCCAUCGGGUAGAAAAGAGACCAGGCAGGAGCGACCUUCCUUCUGCCACUUUUCUCAAGGGCCACGUGAGGAAAGAGUCCUCUGCUGUGCUCAACAGAAUACAGAAGAUCGAGCAAGCGCUAAAAGAGCAGCCUGGCCGGGGCCUCCCCCAGUUACCAAGCAGUUGUUACAGUGUUGAUAAAGGGAGGAAAAAGUCUCUGAGUGCUGUGGAGGGACUGAGUGAAAACCUAAGUAAUAGCAAAGGAGGCAGUGUUAUUUUGGGGAGUGAACCAGAAACACCUACUGAGGCUGAGAUAAGCAGUAAGACAAAGCAGGGGGUUACCGCAAACUCUGCUGACCCUAAACUGCUUCUUGAAAGCGCAGCGAACGCCGUGGUGAAUCCUGUCCCCAAGCCCAAACGCACCUUUGAGUACGAAGCAGACAAAACCCACAAAAGUAAACCAAGCAAUGGCCUACCUCCAUCUCCUACGCCUGCUGCUCCUCCCCCCCUCCCAUCUACCCCCGCACCCCCUGUGACCAGACGGCAGAAGAAAGAGUCGCGCUUUCACAGAAAAUCCCAGAAUAGAAAAUCCUUUGAGUUUGAGGAUGCGUCAAGUCUGCAGUCAUUGUACCCUUCCUCCCCAACUGAAAAUGGGACUGAGAGCCAGCACAAAUUUGGAUCUAAGAGCACUUUAGAAGAAAAUGCCUAUGAAGACAUUGUAGGAGAGUCUUCCAAGGAAAACCCAUAUGAGGAUGUGGAGCUGAAAGGCCGUCACGCGGGCCGAAAAUCCCAUCAGCUCUCCGAGAACUCCCUAGAUUCUUUGCACAGGAUGUGGACUCCGCAGGACAGGAAAUACACAUCACCUCCCCAGCUACCUUCAAAGCCCAGCAGCCAGUCUCUGCGCGUUGGGAACUGGUCAGAAAGGAAGAGCCACCGCUUACCACGGUUACCCAAGCGGCACAGCCAUGAUGAUAUGCUGCUGCUGGCUCAGCUUGGCAUUCCCUCCUCCCCCUCCAGCCUCAAUGAGGACAGUCUGAGUACCGCAAGUGAGCUGCUAUCUACGCGCCGGGCCAGGAGGAUCCCAAAGCUUGUCCAGAGAAUCAAUUCCAUCUACAGUGCAAAAAGAGGGAAAAAACGGUUGAAGAAACUUUCCAUGUCCAACAUUGAGACUGCAUCCCUGAGAGAUGAGAACAGCGAGAGUGAGAGUGACUCAGAUGACAGGUUUAAAGCUCAUACCCAGCGCCUAGUGCAUAUCCAGUCAAUGCUGAAGAGAGCUCCAAGUUAUCGAACCCUGGAACUGGAGCUAAUUGAAUGGCAGGAACGGGAGUUAUUUGAAUAUUUUGUGGUAGUAUCACUGAAAAAGAAGCCCUCUAAAAACACUUACCUCCCAGAAGUGACGUAUCAGUUUCCCAAGCUAGAAAGGCCAACCAAGCAAAUGCGUGAAGCGGAGGAGCGUCUCAAGGCCAUCCCUCAGUUCUGCUUUCCUGAUGCUAAAGACUGGCUCCCUGUCUCUGAAUACAACAGUGAGACUUUCUCUUUCAUGUUGACUGGGGAAGAUGGGAGUCGGAGGUUUGGCUAUUGCAGGAGGCUGUUGCCAAGUGGAAAAGGGCCACGCCUACCUGAAGUCUAUUGUGUCAUCAGCCGCCUGGGGUGCUUUGACUUAUUUUCCAAGAUCCUGGAUGAGGUUGAAAGGAGAAGGGGCAUAUCUGCUGCUUUGGUUUAUCCAUUUAUGAGGAGUUUGAUGGAAUCUCCUUUUCCUGCACCUGGAAAGACAAUCAAAGUCAAAACCUUUCUGCCUGGAGCUGGCAACGAGGUCAUUGAGCUGCGGCGGCCAAUGGACUCGCGUCUGGAACAUGUGGACUUUGAAUGCCUUUUCAAGUGCCUCAGUGUGCGUCAGAUCAUCAGGAUCUUUGCUUCUCUCCUCUUGGAGCGGCGUGUCAUUUUUGUAGCAGACAAGCUCAGCACCCUCUCAAGCUGCUCACACGCCGUGGUGGCCCUGCUGUACCCCUUCUCCUGGCAGCACACCUUCAUCCCCGUUCUGCCCUCGUCCAUGAUCGACAUCGUGUGCUGCCCUACGCCCUUCCUGGUGGGCCUGCUCUCCAGCUCUCUGCCCAAGCUGAAGGAGCUGCCUGUGGAGGAGGCUUUGAUGGUUAAUCUGGGAUCAGAUCGAUUCAUCAGACAGAUGGAUGAUGAAGACACGCUAUUACCUAGAAAGCUGCAAGCUGCUCUGGAGCAGGCUCUAGAGAGAAAGAAUGAACUGAUAAAUCAGGAUUCAGAUAGUGAUUCAGAUGAUGAAUGUAACACCCUGAAUGGAUUAGUGUCUGAGGUUUUUAUCCGAUUCUUUGUGGAGACAGUUGGCCAUUAUUCCCUGUUCCUAACCCAGAAUGAAAAAGGAGAGCGUGUCUUCCAAAGGGAGGCAUUCCGUAAAUCCGUGGCCUCCAAGAGCAUCCGCCGCUUCUUGGAAGUGUUCAUGGAAUCCCAAAUGUUUGCUGGUUUCAUCCAGGACAGAGAACUGAGAAAAUGCAGGGCAAAAGGUCUCUUUGAGCAGAGGGUUGAACAGUAUUUGGAAGAGCUUCCGGACACUGAACAAAGUGGAGUGAACAAGUUUCUGCGAGGCCUUGGAAAUAAAAUGAAGUUCCUUCACAAGAAGAACUGAUCCCUUUCUGCUGAACCACCAACCCAAAGACUACGUAUGACACUGUGCUUGGGACACCUGCAGCUCCAGACCUGGAUGUGGGAGAAUAAAAAAAGCUGACUGCAGCUUUGAGUGAUUGCCCAUGCUGUUACAGAGUGUCCGUGUAUUUGGACAGAAUUUGUAAAUACUGUGCUGUAAGCUUUUGUAACUGAUUUUGUAAUGAGCAAAGAAAACUGUGGUAAAUAUUUGUAUAUUCCUGAGAAUAACAGGUGCUUUCUUUAGUAUGAGUUGAGUUAUGCUUGGUGCAAAGAUGAGUAGCUGACUGCGUGCAGCUCUCAGCAGAACCACUGACUUCAGGGGAUGUUUGUGAGAACUACACUGAUGCCUGAGUACUGCGGUAACGAAUGGACCUGUGGGUCUGUGGGAGAGGUUGUGUGUGCGAGGGCUGGCUUCGUGUGGCAGAGCUGGUAUAUUUUUUUCCUAAUUUUCUUUCUCAUUAAUUUUAAAAACGAAAUAAGAACGUAACUUGAUAAUGAGGUACUUGGUUCACAAUACAAAGCUUCCACUUGGUUUGAACGCUGGUCAGUAAACUCCUUGUAAUCCAUUCUGCACUAAGACUGCUAACUGUGAGGAGAGCUCCAUUCUUUGACAUGCAAGCUGCAACGUAUAGGUACAGUACGUCCUUUCCUCAUGUAUGUAUGUAUGGUUCCCAAUAAACCGUGUAAAUAUACCUGUUUUAUAGUCUUUGUGUACUUCUGAUGUUGAGUGGGUACAGAACCAGAGGAACUUGUGAAUGUGAAUUUGCAAUUAAAAUACAAAAUGGUUGUUACGAA